AAGAAAUCCGGAACGGGUUUCUCGGCCGGCGAUAUCCCGAUCAGUCAGAUUGCCAAGUUCAGAUCGGAGUGAGCCCUCGCAAAAGGAUAGCCGUGAAUUUCUUCGUCGGAUGAUCCAAAGUCUGCAGAGGAAAUCUCGAGAUGAAUUUAAACUGGUUGUGGGCUAUGACGCUUCUGAGCUGGGGUUGCUUGGCUUCCGGGGAAAAGGCCCAACCGGUCGAAGAAGUCGUUGACAAUGCGGAGGCCAGGUUUGCUGCGGCUGAGGCCCCGUCGUCCAGGGUUAUUACGGGCGACUUCCAGCAGAACCCGAUCCAACAGGGUUCUUAUCCUCAAGCCGCCUUCCAGCAGAACUACAACGGCCUCGACUUCAAGUACCACGACUUCGAGAGGAUGACGAAAUUCUUGAGGACGACCUCGUCGCGGUACCCCAACCUGACAGCGCUCUACUCCAUCGGAAAAUCCGUCCAAGGACGAGACUUGUGGGUCAUGGUAGUAUCCUCGUCGCCCUACGAGCACAUGAUUGGAAAACCGGAUGUGAAAUAUGUGGCCAACAUGCACGGAAACGAAGCUGUUGGCAGGGAGCUCAUGCUGCACCUGAUACAGUAUUUGGUCAAUAGUUACAACACGGACCCUUACAUCAAGUGGCUCCUGGACAACACAAGGAUCCACAUCCUGCCUUCGAUGAACCCGGACGGUUUCGAAGUCGCCAAAGAGGGCCAGUGUGACGGUGGACAAGGAAGAUACAACGCCCGCGGGUUUGACUUAAACCGCAACUUCCCCGACUACUUCAAGCAGAACAACAAGCGAGGCCAGCCGGAGACGGACGCCGUCAAAGAAUGGACUUCGAAGAUACAGUUCGUACUUUCAGGAGGACUGCACGGCGGUGCACUCGUCGCCAGCUAUCCAUUCGACAACACUCCAAAUUCGAUGUUCCAAAGCUAUGCCUCAUCACCGUCUCUCACUCCGGAUGAGGACGUAUUCAAGCAUCUUUCCCUGGUGUACUCACAGAAUCAUCCGGCGAUGCACAAAGGAAGGGCGUGUAAAUCAGGAAGCCCGGCUUUCACUGACGGCAUCACCAAUGGUGCUGCUUGGUACCCACUUACAGGUGGCAUGCAAGAUUUUAAUUAUGUCUGGUACGGAUGCAUGGAAAUAACUCUUGAGCUGUCUUGCUGCAAAUAUCCUCCGGCUGCCGAUCUGCCCAAGUACUGGGAGGACAACCGACUGCCUCUAGUCAAAUUUCUAGCAGAAGCACACAGGGGUGUGCACGGUUUCGUCCUGGAUGAGAACAACAACCCCGUUGAAAAGGCGUCGCUGAAGAUCAAAGGAAGGGAUGUUGGCUUCCAGACAACAAAGUACGGCGAAUUCUGGAGGAUCCUACUUCCCGGUGAAUACGUUCUUGAGGUGUACGCUGAUGGAUACACUCCAAGGGAAAUGGAGUUCAGAGUGGUGGAGCAACAUCCGACUCUGCUCAAUGUGACUCUCUUCCAGGCCAAGAAUAAUACUGCUCUAGCGGCAGAUUCAUAUGGAACGCCUCUAGAAACCACGACGGAACCGAUCUUGUCAAACUCAUUGAAAGACAAAGGUGAAGUAAUAGUAUUCCCUAAAAACUGAGGCAGGACACCGGAUUUUACAGGCCGCACCAACAACAUUACUACCACCACGUCUCUCAGCCGCCGAAGCCAGGCGCACCGACGGACCCAGGCUUCUUCUCGUCGAUAACUUCUGGCUUUAACAAUUUCGUCACUAACAUAUUUGGAUGAGUUGACAAUUUCGAUUAUAGGUGCUCUUGUAAAUACUUAUUUAUUUCUUUUCUUGUUUUAGUGUUAAUCGAUUUUUCAAUUUUACACUCAAAGGCGAAAGCCAAUGCAAAUUAAUUCAUACAGUCAAAUUAUAAGUUUGUUCUUGCAUAAAAUAAAAA